AUGAUUCUUGGUCUUGCGAGCCGUGGAAUGGCGGAACCUGCAUCGUGGAUAUCGUUCCAAUCUAGGCCUGACAUCCACGCUCCUUUAUUCAAUGUGAAUAUCAACGACGAGAGCUUGGUCACACCAGGCUAUAUAUUUGUGGCUCCGUACAGAACGGAACUCCCGGGACCUUACAUAUAUACUACCGACGGGGAUCUUGUCUGGAGUGGAUCGGAUGGUUCAACCACUGAGAUUUUCCAUGAUCUGCACGUCUGCAAUUAUAGAGGGUCAGAUCAUCUUUGUUUCUUCCAAGGAACUCAAAUCGAAGGCUAUGCGCGGGGCCGAAAUAUGAUAAUCAAUAACGACUAUCAACCGACUACGGUGGUACAGAGUGGCCACGGACUGACUCUAAGCGACAUGCACGAGCUAGAAGUCCUCGACGGAGAACGCAUGUUGUUCACUGUCUACCAGCCACGGCCAUACGAUCUAUCAGCCUACGGCAUAAAGACCCCAAAUGGCUGGGUCAUGGAUGGUUUUUUUCAGGAAGUCGAUAUUAAAAGUGGAGCGGUGCUCUUUGAGUGGGGAUCUCUUGAUCACGUUCCCCUUACGGAGACAUACGUUUCUUUGGGGAUCAAUCCAGUCGUAGGCGAUGGAUUAAGCAAUUCUACCGCUUGGGAUUAUUUCCACAUAAACUCAGUCGACAAAUCUUCACAAGGAGACUAUCUUGUUUCCGCAAGACAUACUAGCUGCAUCUACAAAAUUUCGGGUAAAGAUGGCUCUGUGGUAUGGCGACUAGGUGGUCUCAACUCUACCUUCAACAUGGCCAGCUUCAAUUUUUCUUCGCAACAUGAUGCGCGUUUUCACGAAGAAAAUGACACACAUACAGUGCUUUCGCUGUUCGAUAACGGAAGUGAUAACUACAGAAAUACUUCACUCACAUCGUCCGGCAUGAUCAUCGCGAUCGAUCACCUAACCAACACCGCGACACUUGUCAAAAGAUUCGAGGCUCCAGGACAAGGACUACGUUCUACAAGCCAGGGAAACACCCAAUUACUGUCCACUGGAAAUACAUUCAUUGGAUGGGGAAGCAAUCCAUCCUUUUCAGAGCAUACUGCAGAUGGUACACCAGUCUACUUCGCCACCUUCAAUGACGAUGAUUCGAUGAAUUACCGCGCAUUCAAGUACAAUUGGACAGCGACCCCAUCCGAUCCUCCAGCCCUUGCCGCCCAAGCUCCUUCAUCAAAUGGUGCAACCACAUUUUGGGUGAGCUGGAAUGGAGCGACCGAUUACAGUCACUGGAACUUUUACGGGACCACUUCCGCAUCCGAUGAAUUUGCGCUAUUGGCUACAGUCGGCAAGCAGGGCUUCCAGACUACCUACACGAGCCCUAACUUCCAUCCUCUAGCAUUUGCGGAAUCAGUUGCUGUUGAUGGUUCAAGUAUGAGAAAUUCGUCGGUGACGGGAUCCUUUCCUUAA